AUGACAAAUAUCACAUAUUAGCCUGAAAUUACAGUUGAAAUUUACCCAUGUAAUCAAUCAUAAUAAUGUAGGGCAUACCUCUAUUAUAUAAUCAAUAUAUCAUAAUCAUUUUUUAUCAAUGAUCCUUAUUUUAAACUAGCAAUAUUCAAAGUCAUUUAAUCUUGAUUUUUUUAUUAGAAAAAUUAAAUUGAUUUCCAUAUUGAUAUUAAGGAAGUAAAUUACUCUCAAAAUCAAAUAUAGUAGAAUAAGUCACAAUAGCCACAGAAAUUGA